AGGGGAUAUGCAACUGCACAAACAUGACGGGCUCUCUUGACGGGAGCGAAGGACGACGGAGAAAGAAGCAGUUCCCAUAAAUCAUCGCAUCAACGCUCUACGCCGACAUGUCGAACAGUACAAAGAGCACGCCAAGGAACGAUGCAUCAGCGAACAUGCGAAGGAUUGAACAGAUGACAACUUUGCUGGAUGAAUGGAACUCAGCUAGGAAACACGCCUCCCAUCAGAUAAGCAGGAUCAACAAAGAGAGUGAGAGCAUCCACAGUGAGAUGUGGGAUCUUUGCACUCAAACUUCGGAUGUGUUGGAUCUUAUCGUCAAGGAAACCACAGCUACCCAGCAAGACAUCGAGAAGUUACAGAUGUGUUUGACGGCAACGGAGGAGAGAGGCAAGAAAGUGCAGAGCGCGUUGGAAUCGCAACGGGAGCACAACGACUUGCAACAUCUGGACUUGAUAUCCAAGGGGAAACAUCUGCAAGACUCGUUCUACGACAAAGUUUUGAGAAUGUCUGCAUUCUCUAGGAGGCGGUUGCUUCUCCACCAGGUGUGCCGAAGCUGGAUCAACCUUCUCCGCAGACGCAACAGCCUUUGCGUUGGCGAGUCCAUCGUUCGAAGGAGACGUCGCCCGCAUGCCUCCGCCAGUGACGAGUUCGAGCCAUCGCUAGGAGCUGAUCUGCCGAGUUGGGAAAUUUCGAGGAUAAGCAUGACACUAGUGUGA